AUGACCUCUAAAGAAAGAACGAUAUCACCCCAGUGUUCUGAUGUGAGUUGCUCCAAGGAGAAUGAUAUAUUUAGAGUCAAAAUAUUAACAGAAAUAAAUGAUAUGAAUAAUAAUGAUAAGUUAAUAAAUCAUGAAAAUAAGAAAAAUAUGAGUAUUAAUCAAAUACAUAAAUUUAUCAAUAAAUUAAAAAAUACGAAAGUAACGGAUCUGGAAAAGAGUGGCUUAAAGAAUUUACAAGAUGAUAUAAAACACUUAAAUAUAAGUAAAUACUUGAGUGAAAUAUUAAAUUAUAUAUUUAAUUUAACAUAUCAUGUUAAUAAAUAUUCUGACAUCUUUCUGUUAAUAAAUAUUAUUAUAUAUAUAAGUAUAAAUUAUUCUAAUGCAAAUGAACUUAUUGAAAAAAUAGCGUUCAUGAAAUUUUUUAAAUUAGAUGAAGAUGACAAAAAUUAUUUUUUUAUAAUUUUUCAUGAUUUGUAUAAUAAUAUUAAAGAAGUGAACGUUUCUACAAUUGGAGAGGAUGUUGCGAGUACGGAAUGCCCUCGUAAGGAAGUGGUACAACCAUUAGAAGUGGUAGUACAGGCAAAAAUGGAAGAGAAGGUGCCCCUACCAUUUCAUUUGCCGCUCUGCAGCAGUAGUAAACUUCCUGCAUAUGAUAAUACUGUUAAUCGUAUGCAUAGUCAAGAGAGGAAAUGUGAAAAUGCAAAUGGAAGGGAAUCAGAGGCGGACCAACCUAAUGUAGAACAUAAGGGUGGAAAUGGUGGCAGCUAUAGUACUCGUGGCAGUGUAAGCAGCGAUGGGAUAAAUAAAAAAACAAACUACGAGAAUGGGAAGGACAAGCAGGAUGUGAAGACAGAAACUAUGGAAAAGGAAAAGGAAGAAAUUAAUGAUAUACAAAAGUUGAAAGAGCUAAAGAGCAUGAUUUUUAAAAGGCUAAUUUGUUACAUUAACAAAGACAGUGAAGAAAGCGAUAAUUUCUUAUUCGAAUGUAAUAUAUUCGCUAGUGAUAAUAAGGAAAUAAAAUUUUCCAAAAAAAACACUAUUGAUAAAAAGGCGUACAUGCGUGAGAUGUUAAAUGAUAGUGAUCUAAUGAAAAAAAUUGAAAAGAAAAAUAAAAUAAGAAAGAUAUUGUUAUGUAUGUAUUUCGAAUUAGUUUUAUUUAAAAUAUGUAAUAAUAUCGAUUUAUUGAUAUAUAUGUUUAUAAACAUCACUUUUUUUUUUACAUUAAAUUUUGAUAUUGAAAUAGCUGAUAAGGAGAAAUUAAUAACAGCUAGCCAAGAAAAAAAAGAUCUGAACUGUGCAGGUGCAUCUGAUAUGUUAUCUAGCAUUAAAAAGUGUCUAAUUGUGAACACGGUAAUUACUUACGAUUACUUCUUUACUAAUUCGAGCACACUGUUUAGUGAAAAGAGCAAAGCACCAGAUGAGUUUGAGAAACAUAACCAUGCAGAAAUAAUACCAGUGGAAGUGGAACUAACACACCUUGCGGUUAUGAACACAAGUGAAUGUGCAAAGGGGGGUUCCUGCAGUGGGAGCGGCGGGGAUAUAGCAGGAAGAAGCAGCAACAGAGGUGAAAGUAGCAAUGGCGGCAGUAGCAAUGGCGGAAGUAGCAAUGGUGGAAGUAUCAAUGGCGGAAGUAGCAAUGGCGGAAGUAGCAAUGGCGGAAGUAACAGCAUCCAUUGUAACAACAUCUGCAGUGGAGCUGGCGUGGUAGCUCCGUCGUGCCUGGAGCACAUGAACGAAGUGAAGGCCUAUGUUAGAAAUUUCUUUUGCUUUUUUUACAAUAACAGUAUGUAUAAUUUGUUGAUAUAUUUAUAUGCCGAGCAUGUAGUGAAUGAAUACAGCAGUACCAACGACAGAAAAGGCUGUGUAAAAGAGGAAUACGAAUUUUUUAAAAUAUAUGGUAAGAGCAAAAAGUUAUGUGUAUAUUUUGAUUUAAAGAAAUACUGCUUGGAUAGUAUACAAAUAAAAGGAAUUGAUGUGUUAGGGUUAAAAGAAGAAAGUUAUAAACACAUAAAAAUAUUUGACAAUAUUAAGAACAGAAAUGAGGGGGAAAGAGAAAUUAUUAUCGACGAAACGAAUUCUAUAUGGAAUAAUGAGGAAGAAAAAUUAUUUUACACAAAAUUUCCUGAUUACUCAAAUAUGAACAUAACUCUAAAUGAGGAUGAUAAUGAUGAGGAGGAGACGCAUAUGAGUAUUAACGCGAAUGGAAAUAUUAACGCAAAUGGGAAUAUUAGAGCGAACGCGAAUAUAACCAAUUCGAGGCAUGAACAUAUUAUGACCACGUCAGGCGAAUAUGCAAAUAGUAGAGGCAUGAAAAAAGGCAAGGAAUCGGAGCAAGGAAUGGAAAAUAAAAUGGUCAGUGAUCAUUCAAUGAGGGAAAAAAAAAAUGAUGAAGGAAAUAAAAAGGAAAGUGGCAUCACUCGUUGGAGUAGUAGCACACACGGGAGUGGCAGUGUUGUGAGCAGUAGCAUAUAUGAGAGUGGGAAUAUGGGUAGUGGAACGGCUAGCAUUGGGUUAGGGAGCACUACAAAAAGCGGAGGUAAAAAAAAGGAAUUCGGCAGCUAUCUUGACAAAAUAAUAAAUAUGAACAGCGAAAAGGAUGUGGAGGACAACGUGAUGGUGUUUUUGCUUAACUACAACACAAAGAAAAAAAGAAAAAUUAUAGCGCACACAAUUAUACACAUUAACAAAGUUAUGAUUAAUUUAAUUCCGUUUUAUUGCAGAUACAUUGCAAUUAUAAACAAGUAUGCAAAAGAUAUGUAUUUGAUCAUUAUUGAGGAGCUAAAAAGGAUAGUUGAGAAAUUUAUAAAGGAAAAAUUACCAUGUCAAAAUAAAAAAAUGAAAUGUAUUAAAUAUAUUUGUGAGUUAACAAAAUUUAAAUUAUUAGAAAUGUUGUAUAUUUUAGAUAUUAUAAAUUUGCUUAUCGAAAAUUUUACUUCAGAUCAUGCUGAGUUGUGUUUUUACAUUUUGGACCAUUGUUCAUUACUCUUGUUAAAUAAUUCAAAGACACAUAUACGUUUUUUAAAUAUUUUUCAAAAAAUAAAAAAGAAAAUUAAAAAUGCAAAAAAUUUAUCCAUAUCCCAAGAAUUCUUAUUCGAAGAAUGUUCAAUUAAAAUUGAUAAUUUCAUUACGAAGAAUAGUAAAAGAAAAAAGAAGGUAUCAAAAUAUACAGAAGAAGAAUUAAAAAAAAAAUUUUUUUUAAAAAAAUUAUUAUAUGAAGAUUUAGAAAACACAAAAGCAGAUAACAUUUGUUUAUAUAUAAGAAGAUUUAAUUGGGAUGAUAAUUUUGUUACGUACACUUUGAAGAAAUAUAUUUUUAAAUAUUUACUUUAUAUGAGUAUAUAUCAAAUAAACAAUUUAGCGUCUUUUUUAUUCUCUCUAGCUAUGUAUAAACCUUAUUUCGUUACACAAAUAAUUGAUGAAUUGUAUGAAAGAAUUAUUACAAUAAUUGAAAAAAAUGAUUUCCAAAAAUUUGCUUUCCUAAUUCAGUAUGCUCAUCUUUUUGCAGAGUUAUAUAUAUAUAAGCUAUUAAACUCAUCUAACAUUUUGGACUUAUUAUAUUUUUUAAUAUCCUUUUCUGACAUAGACAUGUUUAAUUUUCAUCAUAUAUCUUCAGUGUACAACUUCUAUAAUGAUAAUAAGUUUUAUUUUCAUCAAAUUAGGACAAGAAUAUUGUACAGUCAACAGGGAAAUGGUGGAAAAGCGUUUCAACAGGGACGUGGUUUAGAGGGAAAAAAUAAUAUGCAUAGUGAAAGAGAGGACAAGACAAUGCAUGAUAUAUCUUCUGGGUGUCUGAGUAAAGGGGAGCAGCUUAUCCAAAUUGGGGGUCGUACAGUUAAUGAUAGGGCUCAUAAAGAGUGUAACUCAUCGUGCAAAGAUGAGAUUGGCCUAUCCGGUAAAGAAGAGAUUGACCUCUCCGAAAGAAGACCCAGUAGACACAGGGUAGAGGAAGAAUUUUUCUAUUGUGAUAAUUACGAGGACAGCUUUUACAAAUUUUUGUUCAUAAAUAGGAGAAACCCAGUGUUUUAUAAUAUUGUAUGUGAUGCUAACAAUAACAGUUACAUUAACAUCAAGAUGAUAUGCAUAAUAGUAGAGAGGUGUUCGAAUUAUUUUAAAAAUGCUCCUGUAAUGAAAUAUAAGUUGGAUAAAUUUCUUUUAUUUUUUAUGCGCUUUUUAUUCCUUUUAGAACCAUUACCUGUAUAUAUCAGCAAUAUAACUAGCACUAUAUUAAAUACUAAUUUGCAAGGAAUGAAUAACGUGAAAACUAUAAAGGAGAUAGAUAUAUACAUAUUUAAAAUGUUGAAUGCAGAAUAUAAGAUAUACUUAAAUGGGAUAAGCAAAAGUGGUAAAUGUUUUUCUGUAUCAGUGGAAGACUUACGUAUUUCUUUCGAUAUGACACAUAAGCAGAAUGAUAGAGGAUGUAACAAGAAUGAUACUAUGGAUGGUUGGCAUAGUCGUUAUAGUCAGCAUAGACCACACAGUCCGCACAAGAGUGUGGAUGAUUAUCGUAAUAAGGAGUGGAGCAAAUUCACUCAUGAUCAUAGGGAUGGUAACGAUUUAUCGUAUCGUAAUUUUCACGAUAAAGAAAAAACAUUAACGAGGAGAGGAAUGAAUACAUCAAUCAAUGAAAUAAUGAAUGCGAAAAUGAAUGCAAAAAUGAAUGAUACAUUGAAUGAUACAUUGAAUGAUACAUUGAAUGAAACAGUGAAUGAAACAGUGAAUGAAACAGUGAAUGAAACAGUGAAUGAAACAGUGAAUGUACCAACGGAUGACAGAAAACACGACUGUGCAAAAAUGAAGAGCAAAGGAAUAGUACAUCAUGCGGGGAAUGUAAAAGAAAUGGAAGAACAAGAUGAAGAAAAGGAUGAUGUUAUCUAUAUGCACAAAUUUAAUUUGUCAGGCGAGGAAAAUCAAAAAAUAAAAAAAAAUAAAAAUAUUAAUUUAAUGCAGUAUGCCAUGGAUAAAGAAAUUGAUGAAAUAAUUAAUGCCUCAAUAAAGGAAAAUAGACUAUCUAAAAUUAAAAAAGUUAAACGCAUUACUAACAUUAAGAAUGACAAGUUAUAUAGUAAGCUGCUCAACAAAACAAGUCUACGCAGAGAUAUGUAA